CUGAUAGCCAUCGCUCACUCUUCGUUUACCGUUCAGGUUGAUCAAGAAGGAAACUGGGAGUGCGGUCCAGACAGUCCACCGCCGCCUGACUGGCCAGCUCCUUGCUGCGAGGUACGAUUCAAUCGCGCAUCCAUACUAUACACCCUACCAGGACCGGAGAAGGAUAACACUAGUGUCGAGACUCCUAACCAUUUCCUGGGUUCAGAUGAACCGGCUCUUCGGUCUGUGGAUUUGAUCUUAAGUGGGACCCGAAAUAGUCGUCGAAUAGGCAUUGUUGGUCGAACCGGAGCUGGGAAGUCGUCAUUGGCUUCAUCCAUUUUUCGUCUAAACGAGGCAAUCAUUUUGGAAGAAGAUCGAGCUACACUUUCGGGAUCGUUGGCCAAUCUUGGGCCUGAACCUGUUUUGUUCGCGGGUACGCUGCGCUUCAAUUUGGAUCCCUUUGGUUUUGAGCCAGAGGAACGUCUAUGGGCGGCUCUAGAAGCCUCACAUUUGGCCAGUUGGGUGAGAUCAGAUGGCAUCGGCCUGGAUUAUGAAUGCGGCGAAGGCGGUUGCAACCUGUCGGCUGGUCAACGCCAACUUGUCUGCCUGGCUCGGGUAUGUCUGUCCUCGGGGGGCCGUGUACGUCUCCUCAUUCUCGAUGAGGCGACAGCAUCCAUGGAUCCAGUAACAAAUAAUUUGGUGAUGCAAACAGUAGUUGGUGACUUGUUCCGAGAUGCAACUGUCAUCAUUAUAGCACAUCGGUUGGACACUGUCCUCGACACAGACCUGAUCGUGGUCAUGGACCGAGGUCGGGUGGUCGAGACUGGAAGACCGGAUGUCUUGCUGGCUGAUCCGCAAUCACGGUUCUCUGCAAUGUAUCGUGCUGGGCAUUGA